UCCUCCGCGUUCCAUCGUAGCACCUGGGAACCCGCUCGCGGGAGCUCAGUCCCAGCAACAACAGCAAAGGCGUCGGAAGCGUCCCUCGAACAAAGGCAAUCCGGGCUGCGAGCGGGCGCUGCGAAGCCGGAGCCGGGCGGGCAGAGCAGAGCGCGCUGUGCAGCCAAAGCGGCUGGAGCCCGGGAAAAAGCCGCCGGUGCAGCGUGGGGCUGGAGCUGCAGCGCACAGCUGGGAAGCACGGCGUCGGCGGGUUCCCAGCCCCCGAGCUCCGUCCUCCCCGCUUCCCAGCCGAGCAAAAAAGCCGCGCCGGGGACAGUCAGCCCGAGCUCGGCGAAGAGCGGCGCGGGAGACCUUGGGCAGCGGCCCGGCGGGGACCACCAAGCCGCAGCCAGGAGGCAGCGCGGGCUCGCCAUCGCCUCGCCGCCCGCCCCAGCUCGCUUUCGGCCUCUCGCCCUCGAUCCCGCGGAGAGCUCGCCUCUCCCUCCGCCGCAGAAGUUUUCCCGAAGCGCCAGGCAUCCCGGCCGGGUCUGGCGGCGCGCUCUUCCCAUGCGCAAAGAGGACCUCGGAGCUGCCCUCGCCAUGCGCUCGGCGCUGCCGCGGCUGCUGGCCUUGCUACUCCUUGGCGCGACCUCCUGCAGGGGAGCUGACUCAUCUACUGCAGCCAGUCCUGCGCCCCCGACCGUGGGCCCAGCUCCAACAAGCACUCAGUCCGCUGCAAUGUCCGCCGUUUUAGCUUCUGGAAAGGCCGUUCCUUCAUCAGAGGUGACGACAGCCCCCAAAGCCACAACUCUCCCUGCUAGCUCUGCCAAAAGCAGUACCCUGACAAUUGCGACUGCAGGAGGAGGAAGCAGCCCACUGAGUGUAACCACGCAGACCACAAAAAAACCAGCGGAAAUGUCCUCAGGAGCCGUCAAAACAACCUUUGCUGCAUCGUUGGACUCGUCCAGCAUCAAACCAUCUUCUCCCUCCGUAGCAGACAAAAUGACGUCAGCAAAAGAUUCUUCUGUGCCACCCCCAACAACGCCAACUUCUUUGCUGGGCAUUACUUCAAAAGAAACAGUCUUGCCGACUCACUCUAGCGGUGAUUUGACUCAUGUGGUGGCUCCACCGUCCCCAGCCCUGAAGCCAAACAGCACAUCUGCUGCCUCUACAGUAAAGAGCUCAGCCGGUGCUGGCACCACUACAGCUUCAGGAGGUGGCGGCGCUGGUGCUGCUGCAAAGGAGAAAACGACAAGCAACCCUGCUGUGUCCCCCUCAAAGAAGUCGGAGCACGUGGAGCGGACGACAAAAACGCCAGUGCCGACAACAAAACAGCUUGGGGAAACAAACGGCAGUACAGCCACACAAUCCCCUGGCGCCGUCCCACGGCCCCCAGACUCGAGCUCUGUGACUUCAGCCACAACUAGGCCUCCCUCGGCCGCCCCAGGGCAGCACGUUCCAUCUCCCACCAGCAAAGCAGAUGAUACUUCCUUUCUAGUCCAGACCAAGAUGGUUUGUGAGGAAAUAGCACCACCAGAAGACCGGACAAUCAUUCUGACCUGGAACCAGUCCAUACCAUGCAACAAUUUGGAGAAGAGCCCCAUGAAAGAGCUUCUCUUGAGCAUGCUCUGCAAAUCUAUGAAGCCCAACUUCAACCGGAGCCGGGAUGGCUGUAUGGUGAGACUGGCCUCCAUCAAAGAUGACCCCAAGUACUUGGCUAUCCUUGGUGUAUCUGUGCAAACAAACUCUGUGCCUGAGGAGCUCUUUGAAUCUCUGGCAGUCAAGAAAGGAGAACUGGAAAAGCUUGGAGUGAACAACAUCACCCACGGUGGCAGAACCAUGGACAUCGACACGGAGGACCGCUUCAGCAUGCCCUUGAUCAUCACCAUUGUCUGCAUGGCGGCCUCCCUGCUCCUUGCAGCUGCUAUCUAUGGCUGCUGUCACCAGCGCAUUUCCCAAAGGAAGGACCAGCAGCGUCUGACCGAAGAGCUUCAAACGAUGGAGAACGGCUACCACGACAACCCGACCCUAGAGGUGAUGGAGACCUCCUCUGAAAUGCAAGAGAAGAAAGUCAACCUGAAUGGGGAGCUGGGAGACAGCUGGAUCGUCCCCAUGGACAGCCUAACGAAAGAGGAUCUGGAAGAGGAAGAGGACACGCAUUUAUAACUUUUUUUUAAAAAAAAAAAGGAAAGAGAGAAUGAACUUCAUGCUAAGCAAAACAAAUAAAUACAGAAAACUCAAAACUGCAGCCACAAGUGCCGACAUGAAGAAGCAGGAGCAGAAAGAUCGCAAUUAUUAGGCGAGAGGGUAUCUUAAUGGCAUCUACUGUGGCCAAAUUCUUGUUUUUUUGUCUUUUUAAAAUCCCAUUGGCUUUCUACGCAGAUUGUAUGUGUGUGUGUGUGUGUGUGUGUGUGUGUGUGUGUGUGUAUAUAUAUAUAUAUAUAUAUAUAUAUAUAUAUAUAUUAAAGACAGUGCCUCCUAUUUAAGCAUUGAUUAGGACAGACAGGAGAGUUCACCACUGAGCAAUAUUUUCAUAGGUAAAAAGGGAGCAUUUCUGGAUGCUGAGGGACCAUAAAGACCAGGGCUGGAUGUACAGGAUACAACCCACAGGGCUAUUGACCUUUCCCAACCCCAUGGAAAGCUCUUGUGCAGCUUCUGCUCAUUUUAACAGGAGGCAAGACUCUAGCCCUCAUGGCUGCAGAGGACAAGGUAGGAGUGCCUGGUGAAAUCUCAGAAGGCAAAGUUAUUGCAGAAGUUCUGCUAUUUGCAGGGAGGUAACAAACCGGUGCUUCCCCACAGUUAGCAGGAACAGGGUACAUCAUGCAAAAACUAAAAUGUGUGUGCAAAUUUUUCAUCUUCUGCAUAGUCAACAGCACACAAUUUGAACGAUAGCUUCCGCAAGCUUGGGACACAUUUAGCUCCAGAGCACAACUCUGAAUAUGGCAAUGGGGCACAGCUAAACUAUGUCACUCUCCCCGCCCUUCCCCAGAUCUGAGUAUUUGACUCCGCUUGCUUUCUCCACACAUUAAAAACACUAGGGUGAGGAUUGUUAUGGGUUAGGAGAGGCUGGAAAGGUCAGUUGCCUUUCUUGCCAUUAAUUAGCCAGGGCUGAGGGCACCAGGUCCAGAAUGUGAGAAGUUGGCACUUGCAGUGAAAAUGUGUCAAGCAAGGAGGAUUCAUUUCUGCAUUCUGCCGGUAGGUCAUAUGUGGGGGAAGGCGACAGAAAGCCUUGCAGGACCCACAUGGGCUGCAAUCGAAGCAUUGGACCACUGAUGCCACUUCAGAAAGUGGCAAAAGAGAUUUGUGCAUGACAAAAGUGGCAAGACUCACAGCUGUUUUUAUAGGCUCACUUUGAAAGUGACCAGGGUUAAACAGCAACAGAAAAAAAGGGGAGGUGUGUGUUGAGCUAAAAGGACGAGUAUCGAUCUGCCCCCAAAGAGCAUUUCCUGUGAUAACAUUUUUUAAUUCUUUAUAUAGCUAUAGCAAUAUUUAGUCAAUACAGGUUAAAACAGCCGCCCUUUUUUUAAAAAAAAAAAAAGGGUGGGGGAUUUGUGCCUUUGACAUGCAUAGUUAAUCCAUAAAUCCGUUUAAUUGUAUAUAAGAGGAGCCACAUAGGGUGUGAAGAUGCUGAGUUGGCCCAACAUAGAGGUGCUGCUUGAGAAGGAAAAGUUGCAUGUGGGUCUGACGUGGGGGCUGGCUUCCUAAUGGAAAACUUCUUCACUAGAAUCCAGGUAUAUAAUUAUGUAAAUUAAGCACAGCGAACUUCAAGACAUUUUUUUUCCUCUGCGAAAGCUCACUGUGACAAAAGUUUAAGACCUCCCUAGAACUACCCAGCGAGUUGUAAGAAUGGCCUUUUCGUAUGGAACAUUUUGGAGGUGCAGGCCACAAGGAGGAAAUUGCAGUCCGAGACGUGUUGGGGUUAACUCAAAACUGAAAGGCACCCCUUUGUCGCAUGGUAAGCUGCUUCUGUAAAUCAGGGAGACUUUCAAAAGUAGUUUGUGGUACUGGCCUGAGGGAUCUGGCCUCAGAUCUCCUGCUGGGAGGAAGGGCGGGAUAUAAAUCAAAUAAUAAAUAAAUAAAAAUGAAGCUCCAUUUAUGAGCUUCCUAGAGGCAUCUGGCUGGCCCCUUACGAGAAGAAGAUGCUGGACUAGAUAGGCCUUUGUUCUGAUCCUGCAGGACUCUUCUUAUGUUCUUAAGUAAAACUUGGGCAGAUGCAUGCCUGGGGCACCCUUGAAAUAGCUUCUGGCCAUUGUAAAACAGUGACAUUGGGGAAAGUGACAUUGGAAAGCCAGUGGCUCCCAUGCUGCAUUUGAAAGGGUCAGAUCCAGAGAGACAGACGUGGGCCAGGGGACUGGCAGUAAACCAGAAAUGCUGGAAGUGUCCCCAGAACUUCCACUCUGAAAAAAAAAGUGUUUACGAAUCCAACCCAAUUUUUUUUAAAUGUACAUAUUAUACUGUAGCUACCUGUGUGACAUUUCUUUGCCUACUGCUGUGGGAGGCUGUUUGCAAAGGGAGAGGCCGCCUGUCUAUGAAGCGGGAUUGAGCCUCAACGAGAAAGAACAAAACUUUUCAGAGGAAGCUGUUUCCAUUUUGGCAAAGGAGGUGGACAAUGCCGUUUAAAUGCCCCAAACUCCCACAGCCUUGCUGUGUUUUUCAGGUUGCAGAUUUUGCCUUCAACAAGGAACGUACCACAUAGUUCUAAGCCACAAGCAUCGCGUUCCAAAGGACAAAUUAAUUGAAGCCUAUUUAUUGCAUGUCACUGUUAUCGAAAGCGAUGCUCUUUAGGACUUUAUAGAACACGUUAAGAAGGGCCAAGGGCAGAAGCAAACGGCCCAACGGCCCUGCAAAGGUUCUGACCCCAUCGCAGUGGGCUUUCUGUCUCCUUUCGCAUUUAAUACAGGGAAGUGUUGAGAGAACAUCUCAUCAUGCCUGCCAAGAUAAAUAAUUCAGAAGGAAACGGUUGGAAAAAAAGAGAGUCCAGCUCAGCCCUAUUCAGAAAAGAAAGAUUAAGGAUAAGAUAAAGCAUGCCAGAAUCCCAUUAAUAAAAUACAAUGCGAUGUCCUUUGAUGAAUUAACCCCGUUCAUUUUCCUCCAGCUGGGAUCUCUGAAGAGACAAUGGGAUGGGUGGAGUACUGGAUGUUUCCCUUUUUAAAAAAGCAGGUUUGUGAGAGCUAUUCAGAUGGUAAAAAUAUAAGUCUUAGGUCAGAGAGAACUUCUGAACACUCCCUCAAAAAUCAGUAGACAUCUAGCCAUUCAUUUGAACAGGAAUGCCCAACUGCAAAUGUUAGCAAAGCCACACUUGCAAACAGAUUCUCAGGGCAGCGGAUGUAAAUUUAGAAUCUGUAAAUUAAAAAUCUCUGAUUGGCCCAACUGAAUUUGGCAUGGGAGAUAGCAAGUUUUCAGAUUUCACAGCGUUCUUUGCCUGCAUCUUCUCAUAUCAACCCAAGUUGUUCCGAUACAGAUUCCAGCUACUGUGGUAUUUUCUGUCAAAUUACUUUCCUUUUACAUAGCAUAAAGAUAAGUUCAGUAUAACAUUUUCCUAUCACCAUCAGUAAACACCGGAGAGAUUUGUGUUUGUGCCCUGGUGAUCUAUAGAAUUUUUAAAAAUGUAUUUUUUGGCAUUCUGCAAUACUGUAAGAGCAUUAACGUUGUCUUAUUGGCUCACACCAAGGUCUAAUCGACAUGCUCGGCAGCUGAAAAUUUGGGGGAUCAGAUGUGGCCCCUAGUGUACCCCCUGAUCCCAAAGAGCCAACCUACGCUGUUAUGCACCUUGCUCACUCUCGGGGAGGGGGGAGCAGUAUUUUAUAACAUUUAUAUGCCUCUUGAUUGUGAUAAAACCUAAGCUGUAUACAAAAACACAAAUUAAAAUUAUCAAUAGAAGACAGUUAAAACAGGUAUUUUCAAACAUUCAAAAGAUAAUUAAAAUCAACAGUAAGCAAAAAGAGAUUAAAACACAUGUCGGCAUUCUACAUGUCUGGAUAGGCUUGCCUAAACAAAAAUGUUUUAAGCAAGUGCUGAAAAGAGAACAGCGAAGGCUGAUGUCAACAGCCAGGGAGUUCCAAAGCGCACAUGCUGCCACAUUAAAAAUAGCCCAGUCAGAUUCUGCUCCCCACACAGGCACUCUGUGCCCGCACAGCAGCUAGGUAGCAGCCCCCAGGUUAUCACAUCCUCCAGUGAAGGCAUCAGGGCCCUUUCCUCCACAAAGAAGUCAAAGCUCAUGUGCCCCCCAGCAAGCCACUGCUGGUUUUGGUAGAGCAGAGGGUGGGAGACCUGUGGCCCUCCAGAUGUUGCUGGACUGCUAUCUCAACAUAUCCCUAACCAUUGGCCAUGCUGGCAGGGGCUGAUGGAAGCUGGAGUUCUGCAAAAUCAGGAGGCCCAAGAAUCUUCUUUAUUACAGGGCCCGCACUUGGGAGUGGGUGGCCAAUAUGCACAAUAAGGGCAAAGGAUUCAGCCAAAGAGCAAAGGGCUCUUUUUCAUCAUCAUUACUGUUGAACCUGGAAUAUGGGUAGAGGAAUUAAAGAGCCCUUUGCCCGUUUGUCAGGUUCUGCAGCUGUAAGUUAAGAGACUGGGGUUGACAUUAAAAUCUUCCUUUUAAUAUAAUGUAGAGUAGACCUAUUCAAACAGCAAAAAAAAUUUGCAUCUCUUUCUGAACCUUGGGUCAGGGGGCCAAAAUGCAAAAAUAUUCACCAGUAUUGCAAAUAGACUUUCCCCAAAGUGACUAGUCCAUAAGCACUUGGAGACAGAUGACAAUCUGAAAGGAAAAACAAGCAAACCCUGCCGACUCUUCUUCAAUGUGCAAUAACUUUCAAGUUUCUCCCUCAACACGGACAACUGGAUGAAGGGUUAUUUAGAAGAAUGGAGUGAGCAACUUGCAGGAUUAAGUCCAGAUCGGCAACAAUUCAGUCCAAGACUAUUUGCGUUAUCUGGUUGAUUUAGCUGCUCUGCUUUCCCUGUUUGUCUGGAGUGAUGUCACUGCAAAUGAUGGGGAGCCUUAAUGGUGGCACAGGAAGCAGGGCUUGCUAAAUUGAGUUUAGCAAUGGAAACAGCAACACAGCAGAGCCUGGGAGUAGUGGUGAAGCCCCAUCCUGUGCUGUGCCAAAAUAUUCAUUUCUCCACUGCUCCACCAUCUCCACCCACCUCCCACAAAAGCUUAUGCAAAUAGAAGAUGUAAACGUGUGAUUAAGGCAUAGAACAAACCAACCGCCACCCAAUUAAAAUUCUGAGAAUUCUAAUAGAAAAUGUUAAUUACCCAUUCAACAUGGCAUUCCCAAGGGACUAGCAACUUGGGGACACUGUUAAUUCAUCCAAUUGCCUGCAGGCUUUUAUUACUGUUGUUGCAAUUUACUGGGUUAUUUUAUCACGCUUUAUAGUGUAGGAGCUGCUCCAGAAUUUUUGUAUCAUUUUGAUUUAAAAUUAGGCGGUGAAACAGGUUAAGAAGAGGGAGAAAGGGGGGCGGCCCACAGCCACACCAUGACCUUUAGGCCUGAACAGAGAUUUGAAUCUGGGUCUCCCACAUCCAGAACCACUGGGUUAUCCACUGCACCUUGCAGGUCCUCAAAGUGAUGUGUGUUUUCGUAAUCUGAAUGGACUGUAACGAACAUGUUGCCCUUUUCGAUUGUAAUUAAGAGUCUGAAUGCUACUUUUUAAGCACUGUACAACUUCCACAGCGCACUCUUCUUGCGCUGAAACAGGAGUCUGAUAUACACUGGAAUUUUAAACAAGGAACUGGAUUGUAAAGAGUAUUGUUGCAUUUUUCCUACAAAGUAUAUUUUGAAGACAACACUUAUUUCUGUCAAUAAAAGUUUCUUUUGUGAAGCGUU